CCCACUCUCCCUCCGCGAGCAGCCGGGGCGCACGGACCGACGGACUGACGGACCCGCGCGCUGCCUGCGCUGCUGGGGGGCGCGGGCACCGGUCGUCGACGGUCAGCUACAGCCCUCCCUGUCCCGUCACGCCCCGCCCCGUCCCGUCGGGGCCGAUGGCUCCUCUCGAGGUCUGCAGUCCGGGGGGCGCAGGGUAGAGCGCCGCGGCCGGGCCACACAGCCAGGGGACUCCCGGGCCCUCCCGGAGCCCCGCGGAGUCCCCGCCGUCCGUCUGGCGGGCUCAGGGAGCGAGUGGGAGCGCCCUCCCCCCGCCGCCCUCUCCCCCGAGCGUCGAGACAAGAUGCUGCCCGGGCUCAGGAGCCUGCUGCAAGGUCCCGCCUCGGCCUGCCUCCUGCUGAUGCUCCUGGCCCUGCCCCCAGCAGCCCCCAGCUGCCCCAUGCUCUGUACCUGCUACUCGUCCCCGCCCACCGUGAGCUGCCAGGCCAAUAACUUCUCGUCGGUGCCGCUGUCCCUGCCGCCCAGCACGCAGCGCCUCUUCCUGCAGAACAACCUCAUCCGCACGCUGCGGCCAGGCACCUUCGGGCCCAGCCUGCUCACCCUGUGGCUCUUCUCCAACAACCUCUCCACCAUCUACCCGGGCACCUUCCGCCACCUGCAGGCCCUGGAGGAGCUGGACCUCGGCGACAACCGGCACCUGCGCUCUCUGGAGCCCGACACCUUCCAGGGCCUGGAGCGGCUGCAGUCGCUGCACCUGUACCGCUGUCAGCUCAGCAGCCUGCCCGGCAACAUCUUCCGCGGCCUGGUCAGCCUGCAGUACCUCUACCUCCAGGAGAACAGCCUGCUCCACCUACAGGAUGACCUGUUCGCGGACCUGGCCAACCUGAGCCACCUCUUCCUCCACGGGAACCGCCUGCGGCUGCUCACGGAGCACGUGUUCCGCGGCCUGGGCAGCCUGGACCGGCUGCUGCUGCACGGGAACCGGCUGCAGGGCGUGCACCGCGCGGCCUUCCGCGGCCUCAGCCGCCUCACCAUCCUCUACCUGUUCAACAACAGCCUGGCCUCGCUGCCGGGCGAGGCGCUGGCCGACCUGCCGGCGCUCGAGUUCCUGCGGCUCAACGCCAACCCCUGGGCGUGCGACUGCCGCGCGCGGCCGCUCUGGGCCUGGUUCCAGCGCGCGCGCGUGUCCAGCUCCGACGUGACCUGCGCCUCCCCGCCCGAGCGCCAGGGCCGCGACCUGCGCGCGCUCCGCGAGGCCGACUUCCAGGCCUGCCCGCCCGCCGCGCCCACGCGGCCCGGCAGCCGCGCGCGCGGCAACAGCUCGUCCAACCACCUGUACGGCGUGGCCGAGGCCGGGGCGCCCCCCGCCGACCCCUCCACCCUCUACCGCGACCUGCCCGCCGAAGACCCGCGGGGCCGCCAGGGCGGGGACGCGCCCACCGAGGACGACUACUGGGGGGGCUACGGCGGCGAGGACCAGCGGGGCGAGCAGACGUGCCCCGGCGCUGCCUGCCAGGCGCCGCCGGACUCCCGCGGCCCCGCGCUCUCGGCCGGGCUCCCCAGCCCUCUGCUUUGCCUCUUGCUCCUGGCGCCCCACCACCUUUGACUGCGGUGCUGAGACUGAAGGGGCCGGUGUGUCUCCCCUCCACC